UUAACUGGAGAAGAUAUAUCAAACAAUCGGCGAGAGAGUGUUUCACAAUAUUUCCAAACACCUCGAAGUUCACGACUCGGUGUUUCGAAAAUAGUUUGGUCUCUAAAACCUGCAAGAAACCCUCGUUUCUUGGUAACUAUUUCACUCUUUAAAGAAUGCUACAAAACACAAUUGUUUUUGUUUAUCACCAUAACAUACGUAGUGUAAUCAGGCGGCAUUAAUUUUACUUUUGGCAAUUUUUCUGAACUGGCAAAACUCUUUAAAAAUGAGAACUUAUCAUCACCUAUAUUCUACACUGCUAAGUUUAUGGAAUCGAAAACUGGUAAAACUUGGACUCCUUGUAUUUCUUGCUUUUGAAAUGGUGGUAAUUUUAAAACAAGACGAAUCGAUGUCUCUGAUAUUCUACCGGAUUGCUUCAAGCUGCACGCGGCAAAAUUCAACCCAUUUGAAUACAGUGACGCUAAACACGAAAUCCGCUCUUGCGACGCCGAGGACUCAAAAGUCGGGUUAUUUAAACUUACAUCUUUGGUCUGAUACAUGUGCGAGAGAUUUGAACAUUUUGUGUAAUCUGCCAAUGUUUCCGAGAGCUCCCGACAGUAGACAGUUGGUUAACAAAGCAGUUAUUGCCGAUAACCUUACAGAUGCAGAAGGAAUAAGGCUAUUUGGAUUUAUUAGCCCAGAUAAAUCUGGAUUUUAUCUCUUCAUUGUUCAAUUUUGUUCUGCUGAAGUUUGGCUCAGUCAUAACGAGAACUGGAGAAAUGCAAGGAAGGUAUUCGAUUCUGAAAACCAACCGAGGGAACUUCGGUUUUCGGAUAAAACUGCUCUGGUAGCUGGAAAUAAGUAUUUUAUUGAAGUCGUCUCCACUUGUUUUCAUAGGAGAAACAAAAUCCAACUUCUGUGGAAAACCCCAAGCAGUUCUACUUUUGAAAUAAUUAACGGGUCGUAUUUAUCGCAAUACGUAGAUGACACUGGUCGGAAUCAGUCCUUGAUUUACGAUGAUUUGUUACCAGAUUCGCUCGUUUGUGCCUCAAGAAGGAACAAUAGGACAUAUUUUAAAGCCCAGCCCGAAAUAAGCUAUUUAUCGCACGACGAAGUGAAAGAUAUUUUACCGUAUUGUGAGUACAACCCAAGCUAUACCGUAAACUACAAAAUGAAGAGGUAUGAAGCCGUGACGAGGCAUGUUGUCCAUUCAUUUAUUUACCCAUUUCCUGAACAUAUAGACCUUAAAGACCAAAAAUAUUGGAUUUAUCCACUGGGAGUAAACGAAGCGAGGAAAGUUGUUGACGUUUUUGCAGAGUCCUUCCACAAGAGAAUGCCAGGAAAAUUUGUGCUAAAUGAAAUACGAAAUGUUGAACGGAAGACCGAUAAGGAGAGGGGCGAGCGAUACCUGAUAGAGCUCGAACUGGUGGACUUAAAAAACAACAGAAAAGUCAUGCUCUCUGAAUACGUUUUCAUGCCGAAUGGAACAAAGGAACUUUGUUACCCCAAACACAUUCAGUGGAACAGAACAGUGGAUGUUUAUCUUAUAGUUACAGCCAAAAAUCUUGGAAGAUGGGUUCACCACUUUAUUAAAAACGUGGAAAAGAUUUUGAAGGAAACCAACGACUCCAAUCUUCAUGUUAUAAUUUACGAUUACAACAGUUCAGAUAUCAACUUGAAAAAGGUGUUAAGGGAGAGUUCUCUGAAAAGUUACAUGUUUUUGAUUGAAAGUGGUGAAUAUUCACGGACGCAUUCGUUUACCGAGGCUAUAAAUCUGGUAUCGGACCCUCACAGUAUUAUAGUCAUGUUGGAUCUCCAUCUGGAUGUUGCAACUCCAUUCAUUAAUGACAUUAGAAAACAUUGUAUCGAGGGUCGCAUGGUCUUCACGCCAAUUAUUGCCCAGAUGAAAUGUGGUGCAAACCCGACCAAAUUAGCAGGACUGUGGCAGGUGUACGGAUAUGGUAUAAUAGCAAUGUACAAAUCAGAUUGGGACAGAUCAGGGGGAUUCCCCAAUGAUAAAAGGAAAUGGGGUGGAGAGGACUGGGAACUAAUGGACCAGUUGGUCGGCGUGGGACUGGAGUUUGAACGCAUGCGCACAACCCAUGUGUAUCACUAUUAUCAUUCCAAGAAAGGAUUGUGGAGCAACGCGGCCUAAUAAGGCAAAUAAAUUAGUUUCUUCGAUACAUGCGACUCUGCAGGACUAAUCGACUUUUGACUCUCAGAAUCGGCUUGGCUGCAGUAGGAUCUGAUUUAAACAAAAUUUGAACGUAACACUAGCCGCUUCGGAUUGGGUUUCGUGCAUGGGCGGAUCCAGGAUUUUUCAAGGGAGGGAGGGGUGGCUAAUACUUUGGGGGUGCAGAAUCAAUGGAACAUGCCCCCAAAAUGUUGCAAUUUGAAAACUUAUUUAAAACUGUUACACUAGAAAUACUAGCCAUGCCACAAACUAGAAAAUACGAUGAGGUACAUGUCCCGAGUAUUUGCCUUUAUUUCUGCCAAAAUAUUUUCCAACUUCUUAUUUUUUUUAUUCAUUUUUGCUUCACCAAGAGCUAGCCACCCAGUCCACCCUCUCUAAGUCCGCCUCUGUCGUUGUCAUAUUAGAUUAUACAUAAGAUAUUAAAUUGAAAGUUAAUCUUA